CCUCUUCGUGAUCCUCAUCGUGGUGAACCAGUCCAUCAUGGUGCUCUUCAUCACCGGCAACGGCCGCCUGCUCCCCGUCAUCGGCUGCCUCGCCCGCUACUUGGCAAUGAUGUCGCACAGGGCGAUCGACCUCUUCAAGUGCCUCGGCCACAAGCUUCUCAAGACCAUCAUCAUCGCCUUCUCGUCCUUGAACAUCCUCGCUUUCCUGCUCAUGGAGGCAUGGGAGUUCGUCGUAUACGUGCUCUCCGACUGGUUCUUGGUGUCCUUGCUCUGCGAGUACGCGCGCAGGCCUAAAUGGCAGGCAUCGCGGUGCGUCCGGAGAGCGUUCGGCGCUCUCCUGUGGGUGAAGCGACUCGGCCGGCAGGCUCGCCCUCGCGCGGCGGGCAAUGGCUUGCGGUUCAACCAGGUGUGCGUCCUCGACCUCCGGCGGCACACGCCAUGGAUGACGGUCUCCAAGCUGCUGCAGCACCGGUUCCUCGGCAUGCCGUCCGUGCCCGUGCCGGGGGAGGUGAAGCACGCGGUCUUCGCGGCAGUCGCAGGCUUCUGCAAGGACGACGGCCAUCGGCGGCGAAGGCGCCUCAGCAAUGGUGUGGCCGUGCUGCAUCGUCGUGGCUGGACGCAGCUCCUGUGGGCGUGCGAGAGCAGCAGCGUCACCGAGGUCAUCCUCGUGUGGCACAUCGCGACCAGCCUCUUCGAGAUGAAGAAGAAGAAGAACCAAGACUCCAAGGCACCGCCAAGCGCGGAGGAGACGGUGGCGACGCCGCUGUCCAAGUACUGCGCCUACCUGGUGGCGUGCGCGCCGGAGCUCCUCCCGGAGGACCUGGACGGGUCGGAGCGCGCGUACAAGGCGGUCAAGCGCGACAUCAGGGGCGCGCUGAGUAAGGAGCGGCAGAGGAGCAGGCUGGACCGCGUGGUGGAGAUGAGGGGACCCGAGGCGGCGGCCAACAUCGCGCGGGGGUGGGCGCUGCUGGCCGAGCUUGCCGCCUACGUCGCGCCGUCGGACAACAUCGAAGGCCACGCGGAGGCGUUGGCGCAGGGCGGCGAGUUCAUCACGCUGCUGUGGGCGCUGUCCACCCACGCCGGCAUCACACGGUGGUAGGCGGUAGCUACCAGGCAAAAAUUGUGGCCUCGCUGAUAUCUACUGGCGUGCAUUACACAAAGAAGAUUUGGAACGCACCCUAAAUUGCCAACACAACACAGUUGAAUUGCCAGCUCUUGGAUCAUUAUUCUGUCUUGCAAAG